AUUCAGCAAGUUCCUUUUUAUAUCUUAGGAUCUGUGCAAUCAAUUUGUAAGUACUAUUCCAUCUAAUGUUGAUAUCUCUGGCAAAACUUAUUUCUUUUUUACCCUUAGACUUACAGAACAUCUUCCAGGAUCUCGAAAUAAGACGAGCCCCCCAAAUUUUUUUAAUUCCUUCUUUAAUAUUUGUCAAAACUCCGCCCAGAGCUUGUAUUAUUUGUGAUCCACGAAAGGGAAAGAAAGGUAUUAUUUGUACAUUCCUCAUUAUUUUGCCGGCAUAGUCGGUGGGCUUCUUGCAAAGAAAGGGAAACGUGCCCAGUCUUCGACGAGUUCAAGUGGUACAACAGUAAGCUCGCACAACGAACUUGCUAUGUACCAGGGUGUGCCAUGCGAUUACGAUGACGACGAUGUCGAUUUUGACGUGCUCGGAUGGUGGAAGCGGAACGAACACAUGUUCCCAUGUCUCGGCAUGCUAGCAAGACAAGUGUUGUCCGUCCCAGUAUCAACCGUAGCAGUUGAACGAGAAUUCAGUGCUGGCGGCAACAUUCUAACCGACUACCGAAGUUGUCUUAACGCUGAAUCUCUUGAAACACUGGUUUGCAACCAAGAUUGGCUCUUGGCAAGACGUCGGGCUCAAGAGUCAUCGUACCAACUCGAAUCGGAGCAUUACAUGAAUGCAACCACAGAUGGAAGUCCGAGUUCUGAAGAAUAAGUUAUAAAUUUUUUUUAUGUUAAUGUAAAUAUGUAAUUAAUUUUUUUAGGUGAGCGAUAUAUAAGCUCCUUCGAGGGUUUCUUUACGGUUCUUUAUCUCGUCGCUUUUUUUGAACCGUCAGGAUAUUAAAUUUGGUUGUUCUUC